GUUCUCUCUCGUGGAAGGAUGUCGGCUGCCCGUAAAAAUGAGGAGUGGAGACGAUUGGCCCUUAGCCGAAAUCAUCAGUGUAAAAGAAGUUCAAGGACAAAAUUUUUAUUACGUCCACUAUGUAGAUUAUAACAAGAGGUUAGAUGAGUGGGUGGAGGAGGACCGAUUAGACACAAGGAAGGUACAGUACCCUCGCAAGGACGGUCAGUCCAGUACGGGAGUUAGCACCCCUAAAAAGGUUACUGUAAAUACGGCGGCUGCUACUACAUCUCGCCCUUCGUCACCCGUCGGUCCUGAACUGGUCAACGGCAGUGCAGUGCUUGCUGCGGCACUACACAAGCGGAUGGCACGCAAACGAAAAGUACCUCCACCUGUUGUAGAACCUGUUGAGCCAAAAACUGUAGUUGUAACGGACACAGGUCCUCCACCUGAAGUUCCAUCAGCCUCUCCUGCCCCCGCACCUGCGCACGCUCCCCGGAUCACAGGGUCUAUGGUCUCACACAAUGAUGAUGAAGUCACGAGGAUGAAGAACAUAGAGAUGAUAGAAAUAGGAAUGCAUAGAAUACGACCUUGGUAUUUUUCUCCUUACCCUCAGGAACUAACCAAUCUUCCCUGUAUUUAUAUUUGUGAAUUCUGCCUGAAGUAUCGGAAAAGUCGGAAGUGUUUAGAAAGGCAUUUGGUCAAGUGCAACUUAAGACAUCCGCCAGGUAAUGAGAUAUACAGGAACGGGACCAUAUCAUUUUUUGAGAUUGACGGAAGAAAAAACAAAGUGUAUGCACAGAACUUGUGUUUGUUGGCAAAACUUUUUCUCGACCACAAGACAUUGUACUAUGACACAGACCCGUUCCUGUUUUACGUGAUGACAGAUCUCGAUGACAGAGGCUUCCACAUCGUCGGUUAUUUUUCCAAGGAGAAGGAGUCUAAUGAUGAUUAUAAUGUUGCCUGCAUUCUCACUAUGCCUCCCUACCAGCGGAAAGGAUAUGGAAAACUUCUCAUAGAAUUUAGCUAUGAGCUGUCAAAGUUUGAAGGUAAAACUGGAUCCCCCGAAAAACCACUGUCAGAUCUCGGACUGUUGUCGUACAGAAGCUAUUGGGCACAAACCAUCUUAGACAUACUGAUAACCACCAAGCCCACAGGAGACAACGAGAAACCGCAGAUCACGAUCAAUGAAAUUUGUGAGAUGACAAGUAUUAAGAAAGAAGAUGUGAUAGCAACACUGCAGAAGUUGAAUCUCAUAAACUAUUACAAGGGUCAGUACAUAAUAACGAUAAACCGGGAAACAGUGACUCAGCACAUGGCUGCAAUGGCCAAACGCAAGAUCAGGAUAGACCCUAAGUGUUUACACUGGACGCCUAAAGACUGGUCCAAGCGUGCAGGGUGGUGACGGGAAGUGGGGAUCUCUAGCAUCGUCCAUCUGGUACAAUAUAUUACAGCUGUACAAACGUAUAAUUGUACAAUAUUUGUGUGUACAACUGUUCACCGUACUGUGAUAUUCUAUGUAGUUAAUUAUGUGCUGCAAUUUUAAUCAGCUUAAAUCUAGUUGUAAAAUCACAGUUAAUUAAUUAAGAAGGAAGAGUUUUGUGCAUUACCAUGUAGAUGUAGUCAAUGAGUAGUUAUUAUUUAAGUUACAAGACUUUUGUAGUAUUCAUUCAAUUUUUUUUGUCAAUAUGAGAAAUGGAAAAGUGUUCAAAACUCUUUCUUUUCUAUUUUUAAAUUUCACUAGCUGGUGAUCCCCCUCUAUUGUUUUGUAAAUUAUUUUUAUACAUUAUUUUGGAUAUUCCCAUAUAUGUAAAAAAAUGUUGUAGGUGUACUAGCAUAUUAAGCUCUAUUUUCUUAACUGUUUUGCAGUUUUUAAAUGAUUGUCAUUUAGAUUUAUUUUUAGUCAAGUAAGUCCAUAUUUUAUGGGCUGUAUUGUAAUUUAUUUAUAUUAUUUUAUUUUCUAUUCUUCAUUGAGUUUUUUUAUUAUGUAUCUUGAUUUUAAUUAUUUGGGAGAGAUAUUUUCUAAUUACAUUAGGCUCUCUAGGAUUACCAAGGUACAAUUAUCUGAGCCUAUAGGUUAAUCAAGACAGUUAAAACAAAAAUCACACACAAAAUUAGCGAAUAUACUCCUUAAUCUGUAAGUGAAAGUGAAUAUUAGUUACUGCAGAGCCUCUUGUAGCCAGUUACAGCCAACUAUGUAUGCAAGUAAUGUGCAAUAUGGAGUGGUUUGAUGGAAUCAAUAUGAUGAUCAUUAUAUAAAGCAAGUUUCUAUUAAUACAUAGACUAGAUAUAUUAAGUUUUAAAACGUUUUAUUUAAAUAUUGGAUAUUAAUUUGUUUGAUGCAGUAUGUAUCGCAACACAAUGGUUUAACAUAAUAAUCACAAGGUAAAAUAGUUUUUUUGUUAUUAUUGACAUGUUAGUAAUUGGUAUCAUAUCAUGAAUCAAUACAGCUUAUGGUAUUGAGUUUGAACAAUAUGCAUAAUAGUAUUUUUGUAAGAAUUGUUUGGUAAAACAUGUGUUGCAACAUAUUGAUUUUAUAUAAUCAAAACAAUACAUAAUAAUAUAUUUUUGUUUAUAUUGACGUAUUAAAAAUAUUUUUUUGUAUCAUACCCAGGAACUCAUAAUCAGUAUAGUUUUUAUAUUAAGUUUAAUCAAUACUUCUAUAUUUGUAUGCAUUUUUGGUACAACAUGUAUUGCAACACAUUGAUUUAAUAUAACCAAAACAGUACAUACA